AUGGAUCUGAUUUUGUUCAAUCAAGAAUUAGUGCAGCAUGAUAUUGGUCGCACCAUACUUCAAAGUGCUGGCGCCGUAUUGAUUGGUCACAAUUGCCAGACAUCAGUCUUUCUGGAUCAAGCUACACAUUAUGAGACGGUACGCUUUACCACGGAGUGA